GGCGGCAGCAGCGGUAGCAGUAGACGCCGCCUGGGGAGCUUUCGCCCAGCGGCCCGCGAGUCGGUUUCGCGGUGAAGAGGAGCAGGGCCGGCGAGACAGUGUCCGAGGGAAGGAGCGCAGAAGCUGCUCCCGGCUGAGGAGAGGGGAGGCACUGAAAGGACGCCUGGAAGAGGAAGAUGCCGAGUACGGACCUUCUGAUGUUGAAGGCCUUUGAGCCCUACCUCGAGAUUUUGGAAGUGUAUUCCACAAAGGCCAAGAAUUAUGUAAACGGGCAUUGCAGCAAGUAUGAGCCCUGGCAGCUAAUUGCAUGGAGUGUCGUGUGGACUCUGCUGAUAGUCUGGGUAUACGAGUUUAUCUUCCAGCCAGAGAGUUUAUGGUCAAGGUUUAAAAAGAGAUGUUUUAAGCUUAUCCGGAAGAUGCCUAUUAUUGGUCGUAAGAUCCAAGAUAAGUUGAACAAGACCAAGGAAGAUAUUAGCAAGAAUAUGUCAUUCCUGAAAGUGGACAAAGAUUACGUGAAAGCCCUGCCCUCUCAAGGAAUGAGCCCGGCUGCAGUUCUGGAGAAGCUCAAAGAAUACAGCUCUAUGGAUGUCUUGUGGCAAGAAGGGAAGGCCUCCGGAGCGGUGUACAGUGGGGAGAAGGAGCUCACUGAACUCCUUGUGAAGGCUUAUGGAGAUUUUGCAUGGAGUAAUCCGCUGCAUCCAGAUAUCUUCCCAGGACUACGUAAGAUAGAAGCAGAGAUUGUGAGGAUGGCUUGUUCCCUAUUCAAUGGGGGACCAGAUUCCUGUGGAUGUGUGACCUCCGGGGGGACAGAAAGUAUUCUGAUGGCCUGUAAAGCUUAUCGGGAACUGGCCUUCGAGAAUGGGAUCAAAACUCCAGAAAUUGUAGCCCCCCAGAGUGCCCAUGCUGCAUUUGACAAAGCAGCCAACUAUUUUGGGAUGAAGAUUAAACGGGUUCCACUGAACAAAAUGAUGGAGGUGGAUGUUCAGGCCAUGCGAAGAGCCAUCUCCAGGAACACUGCCAUGCUCGUGUGUUCUGCCCCGCAGUUUCCUCACGGUGUGAUAGAUCCUGUCCCUGAGGUGGCCAAGCUGGCUGUCAAAUACAAAAUACCUCUUCACGUGGACGCUUGUCUGGGGGGCUUCCUCAUCGUCUUUAUGGAGAAAGCCGGAUACCCACUGGAGCACCCAUUUGAUUUCCGGGUGAAAGGUGUGACCAGCAUUUCAGCUGAUACUCAUAAGUACGGCUACGCUCCCAAGGGCUCUUCGGUGGUGUUAUACUCUGACAAGAAGUACAGGCACUAUCAGUUCUUCGUUGACACAGAUUGGCAGGGCGGCAUCUACGCUUCCCCAACCAUUGCGGGCUCACGGCCUGGUGGCAUCAGUGCAGCCUGUUGGGCCGCCCUGAUGUACUUCGGUGAGAGCGGCUACGUUGAAGCUACCAAGCAGAUCAUCAAAACCACUCGCUUCCUCAAGUCAGAGCUGGAAAAUAUCAAAGGCAUCUUUGUUUUUGGGAAUCCUCAAUUGUCAGUCAUUGCUCUGGGCUCCCAUGAUUUUGACAUCUACCGACUAUUCAACCUGAUGAAUGCCAAGGGCUGGAGCUUGAACCAGUUGCAGUUCCCACCCAGCAUUCAUUUCUGCAUCACACUGGUACACACCCGUAAGCAAGUAGCGACACAGUUCCUAAAGGACAUCCGGGAAUCCGUCACUCAAAUCAUGAAGAAUCCGAAAGCAAAGACCACAGGAAUGGGUGCGAUCUACGGCAUGGCCCAGGCUACAGUCGACAGGAACCUGGUGGCAGAAUUGUCCUCCGUCUUCUUGGACAGCCUUUUCAGCACAGACACUGUAACUCAGGGCAGCCAGAUGAAUGGUUCUCCAAAACCCCGCUGAGCUGGGAUCCUCCGUGGCCCCAAGGUGCAUCUGGCCUUCAGAAGGUUCUCGGGGUGUGGGACGGGCCACGUGGUUUCAACAUCUGGUCUUUGCUCCGUAGAGCACAACGCGGCAGACCAUGAGACAGACUGAUCCUCAGGAUUCUUGUUCCUGUCCCUUUGUGGUUUUUAACGUGAAGACUCUAAAGGAUUCCGUGACGUCAUUAUUUUGCCCUUGUUCUAAAUGUUACCCUGGGAAUUGUUUUAACCAUUUCCUUCUCUAACCUCUCUUGCUUUCAGCUUCACUUAAUUACAGUGUGGCAGCUCUGACCUGUCCUGACUCCUUAGGGAAGGUGGGCUACAGUUUACGAGAUAGGAAAAGGCUUGCUUUGUUACCUCAGGCAGGUGAGCUAGUCAGACGGGAAGUGUUCCAUAACCGAUGUUUCCUUCAGUGGGGGUGAGGUCUGCUCUAAGCAGGAGGCUUUUCCAGUCCUCCUCUGUGAGUGGUUAGCUGUCUCAGGGUCCCUUCUGUUGCAGCUUGUGUUGUCUCCUGAGGACACAGGUUGACCAGCCAUCGUUCUUGCUAUGCGGGGCCGGCGCGGUCCAGCAGAUCUGCUCAGUCCACCACGGCAGGGUCUGGAGCAGUCGCUGGUCCUCGGCGGUGCCUGCAGUUCCCACUUGAUACUUGGUUGUCGUCAUCUUUGAAGACUGUUGUUGGAAAUUAUGCUCCCACUGGUUUGUUCCUGUUUCCAUGGACGAGGAAAAGAAUUCGGUUUCAGAGAAUCUAGGGCCUUCUGGGGCUGCCUCCCUGAACUGGCAGCGUUGGGGCACACCUGAACUCUCUGCUGGGCCCUUUUCUAUACUUUCCUGAGGAUCGGGGUGGGAUGGGCACCCAAAUUCAAAUGUGUCACCAGAGUGGGCAGCAGUCCUCCCCUCCCUGCUGCUCUAAGCCGUCAAGCAUGUUUGCUUGCCUGAAGGACAGCUCAAAGCACCUUCACAAAUUGCCUCGACUUACCCAAGGUGGGCAUGAGAGAGCCCCCAAGGCAGGGAAAAUCUCUCUCCAUUCUGUGUUCUUCCUGCCUCUUCCCCCUUUAUUCAGCUCCCAAAGGUACGACGGCAGUUAAGCCUCAGGUACUGCAAGCUCCUCGGCCCUGGCUAGGAUGAGGUAAACCUUCUGGAAUAGGAAGACAUGAUGGCAAGUGUCAGUUGUGGCCCAGGGCCUGGGAUUCCUUCGUCAGACUAGUUGCUCAGGGUGGCGCAGGGACAGGACCCAACCCUGCGCCCGCUCCCCACGCUCCGCCUCCCGCACGGGGCCCUGAUCUAGGCUGAGCCGCAGUCCUGCUCUCAUGCUGACACCCCAUGUGCCUUCUUCCUCAGCGGGGCCGGGCUACUCCUGACCCGGGCCGAGGGCAACUGGAUUGGUCCUUGAGGCUUUCACCUGGGUAGGGGUAAGUCAGGAGGAACUUUCCUUUGUCCCCUACCCCUCUCAGGGACUCCUGAAUAUUCAGCCUCUUCAGGCUGGACUCCUCUAGCCUUCUUCGCUGGGAACGCCGGCCGGGAGAGCCAUGAUGCCUGGACUUCCCGCCGGCUCCUUGGCACGGUUGUCUGAAGUGUUCUUUAGCUCUGUACUUCCUCCACACUAACUGUGACCAGCUGGCCAUGUCGUUGCAAGGCUGGUGUGGUGUCUUUCAUCCUGUCUUCUGUGGGUUCCAAGGAUGGUUGGGUUAUGUUUCUCUUAGAGGCUCAGAUCCUUCGGAUGUGAGAGUCACGUUCCCCCUGGUGGCUGAACUGCUGGGCACCUCCUGAGAGAGAGACUGUGCAUGAACCGUCCCUGGAUCUCCAGUGUGUGCAGGUUGGAUAGAGGAAGUCCAGGGGCCCAGGACCACCCGGCAGGCACCACUGUGGUUUGUCAGCUGCUAAAAUGGAGAAGCACGUGUCCUGCAGAGUAUGCUGUUGCUUCCGGUGUCUCCCAGGACCUUCCUCUGUGCUGUGACAUUGCUUGUUGCCACUUUAGGUUAUGGUCACGAGCAUUAGUCUGACCCACCACUUGUGGGCUUUCUAUUCUGUACACCUGUGCACGAGUAACAGUCUGGCAGUGGUGGGUGGAAUGUCUUGAUGACGUCUUGUUGCUAGCAGGUGACACAUCGGCCUCUGCAAAAACUGUACUCUCUUUUCUGGGUUAGAAUUAAGUAGUCGCAUGAAUAUACUGCCAUGUCACUUUUAACAUGACCAGUUUUAUACCUGGAAAACGGUACUGGCCUCUUUUAGAUCUUUUCAGUCUUUAACCUCCCCCUUUUCCAUCUCAAGGCUCCCUUCCUAAUUGCAGCAAUAAUCACUUAAGAAGCAGUUAAUAAAAUGUCCCCAGUUUUAAUCAUUGUGGAUGACUAUAUUCGUUUGUCUAUUUAGGCACACAGGGAAGACACCUACUGGGGUGGUGGCGGCUGGUGAGAAGCGCCCCUUUGUGUCAAAAUGGUUGUGUGUGACCACUGACACCAGAACCAGUUCAGACAUGGACGAGCGGCAGUUCUGCUCAGUUCCAAGCACCUUCCUGGUAGCUCCACCAGGAGUGGUGGCCACACCUGUUUAAAGGUCUGGAACUCACAUCUUCAGUUCCUCAGGGCCAGGGCCUUCUCGUAAGUUUUCAGUCACCUCCCUCAUCCACACCUGCUUACAUCUUACUGAUGGAUUGAGCCAUCUGGGGUGGUCUCCACCCAGCUGGGCAGUGUGGAUCCAUUUCACCAAAGGACACUGAUUUCAAGCCCUACAUUUGGUUUGGGAGCUGAUGGAACUCCUCAGAUAUCUGCACACGUAACCACUGGGCCUCUUGUCCCAUUAUGAAUAGGAAGUGAGAAGUCUUUCUGAAGGGUUAUUCAGGCUCUGAAGUUCUGUCCUUCAGGUAACCCAGCUUUUCAUUCUGGCUCUCAGCCCAUUCACACUGCCAGAAUCAAGCCAAGGAAUACCGCCUUUGCCAUAUGGUUUCUGCCAAAGGACUUGGUUCCCUGAGCCCCUACUUGCUUUGGGGUAAAGCCUAGAGAAAGCCAGGAUAUGUUUGGUGAGGAGGCGUGGUCCACCCAAGAAGUGGUGUCCUGAUGCUCACAGCUGUGGGCCCCUUUGCCUUCUCUGUGGGUCUUGACAGCAACAAGCUGCUUUUAGCUAGACCCAGGACUGACAGAAGUAAUGACAGAGGCCUAACUUGGUAGCCACCAGCUAUAGCCUGUAAGCAGAAGGCAUGUGUUUGAGAGCCUUUUCUUGAGCUGGAGUUGUAAUUGCCUUACUUUUUCUUGUGUUUUCUUUGGUCCAUAAUAGCUCCUUAACAUCCUCCGCUAUAAUUUCAAUUAUUUGCAUUAAUUUUAGAAUAAACAUGUUUAUUUCCAAAAA